UCAGUCGCCAUGAGCUGGGGAGGCGGGGUGCUUUGGGUGCAAGGGAGUUGGUUGGGGAGAACCGGUAGUGUAGCGGCAAAUUCAGAAGUGCAGGGUCCCUUCAUAAUAGUCACAGCCACGCCCCCUUCUCAAUUUAUAAAACUCUCUUAUAGAAUCACCUGGCCAGGUUUGAAUACUGCUUUAGAAGAAUCUUCUCAGGGGCGAACACGCUCCCCUGUCAUGCCGAUUGGCUCAUAGGAUGCUGGAGACAUAGGGACCCUGCUGGGACCUGGCUCCCAAAAGAAGUGUUUAAGACACACAAACACACACCCCAAAGCCUGGAUGGCUACACUUAUGGGGAGCUUCUGUGUUAUGCGUAGGGGUGCGAGGGAGGAGGAGGGGGCUCUUUCUCUUCUCCUUCCUCCUCCAAUGAAAGAAGGCUGUCCUCGCUGCACCCAUGCACUCUCCCCGCUGUAAUGCCCAAGGGGACUAGGGUGAUCUCCAAGGAGGGCUUGUAACGAAACAGACCACAAACUUGCAUUGUCUCUACAGGCCAUGAGAGGAAGGAAACAGCUGGAGGAGGGAUAGCCGUGUUGUUUUUAUGGGUCAGAGGCUGGAAGGGAGCCAUCCUUGAGCUUCUUUUGCUAGGGUUUUGUUUACCUUCUAAAGUCUCAAGGCAGGGAUUGUGGGAAAUAAAUGCCUCUCCUCACUGGACUGGGUGUUGGGAGGGGCUUCUGCAGACAUCCUCUUGAGAGUGUGGUGGGACUCUGUGCUGUGGAGGGCAGUGAUAACAAUUUAUUUAAAAAUAUAGUUUAUUUAAAAGUUGCCAAAUGCAUCUCGCACCCAUUUGAGGACUGGGAGCUGAGUGUGGCUGAGGCUGUGGGUUCUUCUCUGCUGGUGCCAGCUUUGCUUAUGCCCAGUGUCGCCACUUGCCUGAGAACAUUCACGGCUGGAGGUCUUUGUGGGGCUAUAGAGGGUACAUUGCAGAAUACCUGAGUGGUCCUCACAACAACCCUGCAAGGUGGGUCAGGGUGAGACUCUGUGUGGUGUAGUGAUUAAAGAGGGACCCAGGCUCAAAGCCCCACUGGGCUGUGGACCUCAGUUGGUUACCGUGAACCAAUCCCCUUCUCAAUGCAUCCUCCUUCACAGGGUGGAGGGGAGACCAAGAUCACUACACUGUAUUGUGGGAGAGGCAUGACAUUCCCAGGCAUAGACUGGAGGAAACUGCAGGAGGAGGUUGGAAAGCUAUUGAGGGCCUAAAUGUGAGGCCGUUUCUAGGUUAGGCUCCUUGAAGCAAAUGGAACAUGAAGGAAAAUAACACAGGGAAGUGGAAAAUUAUGUAUUUGUGUGGUCCAUUUAUCAUGCCUGAAAAGCUUGAGGAAUCAUAUAGUAAUCAGAGCCAUGAAACCCAAAUAUGGAAAAAGAAUGAAGGUCUUCCCAUCAUGGCUUCUGUCCCAUACCUCAAGCCUGAACAUGACCCCUCAGCUGCCCCCAGACCUAGAUUCUCCCUUUAUAGAUGGGGUGGGGAAUUUGUGGCUCUCCAAACGUUGUUGGACUCCAGUAUCUGCUCUCCCCCCCCCACCAGCAUGGCCAGUGGUCAGGAAUGAUGGGAGUUGGAGUCCAGCAAAGUUGGGAGGGCCAGAGGUUCCUCACUUUCGUUUUACACCACUCAGUGACAACAGCAUUAGGAGACCCAGAGGUGGCCUAGUUUCCCCCUCAUGCCUCUCCCCCUCGGGAUCAGCAGCACAACAGGGAUGUGGUGGAGUGGAAAGAGGAGGUUGGCAUCUAACAAAAGAUGAUACAACAACCCUGCUGUGUAGUUCACUGUUACACCCGUACCACAGCUAGGGGGUGUGCAGAGAGAGAAACUGUGCCAGAUGCAACAACAGAAGGGCUGGGUCACCAGUGGAGUCCUACACGAGUGCACUUUGGUAGGAAGCUUCCAGUCAUGAGGAGGAUUGUACAUACGUUCAGCUGAAGGUGAUGACAAGGCCUCCUUCAGACCUCCUUGCUCGCUGAAGGUGGGAUUGGCCAGGUGCUCCUUGCCUAGUGGCUGGUAGCCUUUGAGGGCUCGACUGUGUGUUUCACCAAGAGGGACUGAGAUCUCCCAGAUCCAGAGACGAGGAAGUCAUGCGGGAGGAUCAGGAUGAUAAGAGCUCUCUGGGGUAUACUUUCCCCGCCUCCCAAGCAGGUGAUGGCCAGUUCAAUGAGAAAUCUAGAGAGCCUUUUGUGAUGUCAUCAGAAACAACUGAGGAUGAUGUGGGAAAAGAGACAACUCGAAAUCAAAGGAGACCAAAAAGGCACGCAAGAAACCAAUUGAAGAACGGGAUGAAGAAACCCUCUGUUUCUAAGUGCACUGACAUCCAUGAAGUCCUGAACCCAGAGCACAAAGGAAAGAGAUGGGAAAAGUAUCCUGUGUGUGCAAAAAUAUUCAAAGGCAAAUCGGUAUUAAACAGAAGCUGCAGAACUGACACAGGAGAGAACCAGUGCAACUGCAUGGAGUGUGGGAAAAACUUCAGACUGAUGAGAAACCUUACCUCACAAGAAAGAACCCACACGGGGGAGAAACCAUAUGAAUGCCUGGUGUGCGGAAAGAGCUUCAGUAGGAGGGAUAACCUUAAUUCCCAUCAAAGAACUCACACAGGGGAGAAGCCAUAUGAAUGUAUGGAAUGUGGACGGAGCUUCAGUGAUAGAGGAAGUCGAAAUAAACAUCAGAAAAUCCACACAGGAGAGAAAGCAUAUAAAUGUAUGGAAUGCGGAAAGAGCUUCAGUCGUUCUGAUCAUCUUAAUUCACACGUAAAAAUCCACACAGGGGACCAACCAUAUAAAUGCGCUGAAUGUGGAAAGAGCUUCAGUCAGAGUGGAGCCCUUGCUUUCCAUCAAAGAACCCACACAGGGGAGAAGCCUUAUGAAUGUAUGGAAUGUGGAAAGAGCUUUAGUCGGUCUCAUCAUCUUACUUCACACUUAAGAACCCACACGGGGGAGAAACCAUAUAAAUGCAUGGAGUGUGGGAAGUGCUUCCGUAAGAAUGAUGUGCUCACUUCACACCAGAGAACUCACACGGGGGAGAAACCAUAUAAAUGCAUGGUGUGUCGGAAGAGCUUCAGUCAGAGGGGACAUCUUAAUACACAUCAAAGAAUCCACACAGGGGAGAAGCCUUAUAAAUGCAUGGAGUGUAGAAAGAGUUUUAGUGACAGCAACUCUCUUGUCUUGCAUCAAAGAACCCACACAGGGGAGAAACCAUAUAAAUGUUUGGAGUGUGGAAAGAGCUUCAGCAAUAGUGGAAGUCUUAGAAUUCAUCAAAGAAUUCACACAGGGGAGAAACCAUAUACAUGUAUGGAGUGUGGAAAGAGUUUCAGUAGGAGUAGUCACCUUACUUUACAUCAAAGAACCCAUACAGGGGAGAAACCAUAUAAAUGCUUGUUGUGUGGAAAGAGCUUCAGCAAUAGUGGAAGUCUUAGAAUUCAUCAAAGAAUUCACACAGGGGAGAAGCCAUAUAAAUGCAAAGAGUGUGGGAAGACCUUCAGUCAGAGCGGAUCCCUUGUUUCACAUCAAAGAACACACACGGGAGAAACCAUAUAAAUUAUGGAUUGCGGAAAAAACUUCAUCACCAGUGUGAGCCUUACUUCACAUAGAACACACUGUGUGGAGAAUUGAUAGAACUUUGAUGUUUAGUAAAGACUGCUCUCAAAGAACAUGCAUUGGGGGGACAUAUGCAUAUAUGGAGUGUAAAAAGAACUGGAGUGAUGUUCUUUAGUUACAUGAAAGAAUGCACCCUCACUUUUGUGAGUGACAAGUGACAGAUUUAGGGAUGAAACAACAUAAGGAAUGGGAGUAGCAACUGGCCUCAGAUCCUGCCUGCCUCAAAAUCUAAGAGGAGUAGACAUGGGGAAUGUGCUAUUGAGGGAAAGCUUAUAAUUGGAACAGAAGUUCCCACUGCUAAAUUACAGUGCAAUUGCUGCCCCUUUCUACUGGAUUCAGAGGUUGCAGAGAAGAUACUCACCCUAUUGGGUGUUCUGUUGAGGAAUUCCUCUUAAAGUGCAGAACAGCAGCAUGAACAUUUGUAGUAUUGGUCUUGGGGCAUUGCAGAAUUUGUAUUUCACCAUCUACUCUUUGGGCUACAGGCAAGUUAAUUAGAACUAUGGAACAGUGAGUUCACUGGUCUCUUUCUUCGAACACAAGACUUGCUGUAGUUUGUCCCCUUCUCAUUAGAUAAUUUUGUAUAACUUUCCACCAUGACAUCAAGGGAGAAAAAAAAUCCACAUACAGCGGCGCCUACUGAAAUCAAGUAGGAAGGGGAGCAGAGAGGAAUUGCUGUUUGUGUUCUUGUCUGAGACAGGAGCAUAUUCCAACGGUAACAAUUUUCCAUAGGGCAUAUAGAGAGGAAAUGAAAGAACCUUUGAGAUAUUGGGAGAAGGAAAGCUAAUUAUGCUUGAUUCUUGAUGUCAUCCUAGGUUCCUGCCUUGAACCCAUUAUAGGAUGCCCUUUUACCUCCUCCAGGUGAUAGCUAAGGCAUUAGAAAGCCAUUUCUGAUGUCAUCAGCAAUUACUAACCAUGAAGGGUAAAAAGAGACAUUGCAAAAUUGACGGAGACCAAACAAGCACAAGAGGAGCCUGACCCUAUCUCUGGGUGUGGACAUUCAUGAACUCCUAAACACAAGAAAGCACAAAGGAAGGAGAUGGGGAAAGUGUCCUGUGUAUGGGAAAAUAUGCAAAGACAAAUUGGUAUUAAAUGCAUAGAAAUGCAUGGAGUGUGGAAAGAAUUUCAGGCAGGGUGGAGUACUUGCUUCACAUCAGAGAAUCCACAUGUGAGAAACCUAUGAACAUUUGGUAUGUGCUAAGACUUCCCUCAAAGAACUUGACAUCAAAGAACAUAGGAAGCUGCCUUAUGUUGAAUCAGACCAUUGGUCCAUCUAGCUCAGUAUUAUUUACACUGACUGGCAGCAGUUCUCCAGGGUUUUCUAACUUGAGAUGUUGGAGAUUAAACAUGGGACCUUCUGCAUGCCAAGCAGAUACUCUGCUGCUGAGCUCUUCCCCUAUCGUUUAACUAUGGAGAGUUGAUAGUAUGGUGUUCAAUAGAGACUAACCUGUUAUCCUCAUUCGCCCAGUAAUCUGUUCAGUGUGUAUUUGUUUCUGCAUGUGUUAAGAGACAUUCUUGUUCUUAUUUGUGUUUUGAUUGUUUUAUGUUUUGUAUUUGUGUUGCAAAAUAAAUAAACAAUAUAUUAAACAAAGGCGAUCCAUUGAUAUGUUCAUUCUAAGACUAAAGCUUCUGGGAGAAACCAGGAUUGAUUAAGAUUGUGAUUUUAUAGGGCCGACUAAAACUCUUUCCAUGCACCAAACAUACAUCUAUUGCCUGGAAU